UUGAGGUCCUGCAAACCGUCACCCAUAUCGUUUCCAUUGAUGCAUCCUCAGGUGAACUUGAGGCCCGUGCAGGAAGCCGAACCCGAGUGUGGGGGUCAACGGCCGCAGGGGUAACCGUUGAGCACGGGAUUUCGAGAGUUCCGACGACUUCAACAUCAACGUCAACAACACCAGUGGUGUGGUGAUCAACAUUCGGCACAUCUGGUGUAUAAAGACAGGACUCCUCAGAUUUAUGAAGACACCUCUGUGGCCGAGGGAGAGUCGUGAUAUUUGAUGCGCUCUAGUUAGAGACAGCUGAACAUGGAAACGUGUAGCUUCAAGUCUCUUCGAUACUACUGCCAUCCGAACGAUGACCACGGUGCAGAAAUGCGUUCCCAAUCGGUUGGCCGGCAGAACUUUGCCAGUUCCAAACUGGAAGCGUUGGUUUCCGUCCCGUCCAAUACAACGGUGGCUGUUUCGGUGCAACAUGCGGCAGGAGCCCCUCACUUGAACACAUGGUCAAAUUCCACCUCACCUUAAACUUCUCCUAGCACACCUCAGAAGUAACAUCAAAAACCUAGGAAUACACUAAUUCACGCACAAAUGGCCGCCCUCGUGAUAGGGCUGGGCGCCGCCUCGCUCCUUCUCCUGACUUAUACCUACCUCUCGCGUCUCAGCAGCAUCCUGAAAAGCACCCCCGAAGCAGUAUUGAAGGUGUCUCCAAAAAGAUGGACCAAAGAAGAGCUGCGACAGGUAUAUCAGCGCCUUGAAAAGAAUCUUAUUACCACCAAAAGCUAUGCAGAUCGCAUUCCCCCCAAGUUGGAUAGACGAUACAUCAUCACUGGGGGUUCUGGUCUUGUUGGUGGCUACAUUGUCCUACAGCUUCUGGAACGUGGUCAUUCUCCAGAAAGCAUUCGUAUCGUGGAGUUUCGGCCUCUCAACCGGGCUGACAUGCUCAGUGGGCCAGCAUCAACGGUCGACUUUGUCAAGGCAGACAUCUCCUCAGCCGAGUCCACUAACAAUGCCUUUGAGAAAUCAUGGCCAUCCUCUGUUGCUCACCUUCCCUUGACGGUCUUUCACACAGCGGCGGUCAUUGUGCCAUCGGACCGGUCCAAACUCGUCUACGGUCUCUGUGAAAGUGUCAAUGUUCGGGGCACCCGGAAUGUCCUCGACGCAGCUCGCAAAGCCGGGGCCGAUGUACUGAUCUCGACAUCCUCUGGCGGCGUCAGUAUUCGCCCCAUUGAACUCUGGAUCUCACCUCUAGAGUUACUCCUGUCACCCAAGAAUAAGCUCCCCGAGAUAAAGAACUACCUCCAAGUCAUGGACGAAAAAGACUUCUUUGAGCCACCCCGCAAGCACGAAGAGCACUUUGCCAACUACGCCGUCUCCAAAGCCAGGGCUGAGAGAAUAGUUUGUGGUGCCAACAGCCCCGAGCUCCGAACUGGAAGCAUCAGACCAGCAAACGGUGUCUACGGGCAACCAGGCGACAAUACCCUCGGGGGCUCUCUCGCCAUGAGCGACUGCCCCACCUGGUGCGCGCACAUCAUCCAACCCUUCGUCCACGGCAUCAACGUCGCCAUUGCCCACCUUGACUAUGAAGCCGUCCUGGCUGCUAACCCCAAAGCACCACAAGCUGGCCGCCCCUUCAUGAUCACCGACCCUAACCCUCCCAUCAGCUACAUCGACAUGUAUCUAGCUAUCGAGACGCUGGCUACCACUCCGUUCAAGCUCAUUCGUUUGCCUCCGCUGCCAAUGUGGUUUCUUUCCUACAUUGUCGAGUGGUACUCCCUCUUGCCGGUCAAAUACCCCUUCUUGAGAAGGAUUCUGCCUGAGCUCAAGGGGGAUAUCAAGCACAUGAAGCCUGGUUUGUUCAGUGUUACUACUCACAUGGUAGCUACGAACGAGAAUGCCGGUCGGUCUGUUGAUGAGGGGGGAUUGGGGUUUAGGGGGGUGGUGACGACCCUGGAGGGUAUGGUGCAGGAGAUUGUGGAGUGGAAUGUCGAGCACAAGGGGGGGAAGAAGGCCAAGAAGUUCCAGACGAGUAUUUCGUUUGCGGAGGAGAUUGCAAAGGCGGCCGAGGCGGCGGGGGUGAUGGAGAAGAUGGGUAAGUGAUCGUGGAGGAACGAUAUGCCCCUUAGUGUCAGUCCUUUUCCGGAGGACACGUUCAGAACUGCUGUGCGCUCAUACCUCGUCCAUACUCGCAUCGCACAUGGGC